AGAAGCCCCAGGGGUCCCGCCCCUUAAGGGUGGGUCUUACAUAGGAAGUUGUAAACACUGGGCCGGGCCAGUACUUCACUGGAGAGGACUGGAGGGCUCUCGGCGUCUCCGGAGAAGAGGGCACUACAUGCACUUCAGAAUCAAGAGUUGUGAGAGGAUGCUGGGGCUCCGGGGGCACAGGCCCCCCUGGGCUUGGGUUCUGCUCCUGGUGCCGUGUCUCCUGCCGCUUCUGCUGUCCGCAGCUCCCGCGCCCCACCGCGCUUCCUACAAGCCGGUCAUCGUGGUCCACGGGCUCUUUGACAGCUCAUCCACUUUCCGCCACCUGCUGGAAUUCAUCAACGAGACACAUCCCGGGACUGUGGUGACAGUGAUUGAUCUCUUCGAUGGCAGACAGAGCUUGCGGCCCCUGUGGGAACAGGUGCAAGGGUUCCGGGAGGCGGUGGACCCCAUCAUGGCAAAGGCCCCUGAAGGGGUGAACCUCAUCUGCUACUCCCAGGGAGGCCUUGUGUGCCGCGCACUGCUAUCUGUCAUGGAUGAGCACAACGUGGACACUUUCAUCUCCCUCUCAUCUCCACAGAUGGGGCAAUAUGGAGAUACAGACUAUUUGAAGUGGUUGUUCCCCACCUCCAUGCGGUCCAACCUCUACCGGAUCUGCUAUAGCCCCUGGGGCCAGGAAUUCUCCAUCUGCAACUAUUGGCAUGACCCCCAUCAUGAUGAUUUGUACCUCAAUGCCAGCAGCUUCCUGGCCCUGAUCAAUGGGGAAAGAGACCAUCCCAAUGCCACUGCAUGGCGGAAGAACUUCCUUCGUCUGGGCCGCUUGGUGCUGAUAGGAGGCCCUGAUGAUGGUGUUAUUACGCCCUGGCAGUCCAGUUUCUUUGGUUUCUAUGAUGCCAAUGAGACAGUCUUGGAGAUGGAGGAGCAACCGGCCAAGGAGGCAAGUGAGAGCCAAGUUUUUAAACAACUUGUGGUUGUUCCUCUUCCUGCUGCUGCUGCUGCUGCUCCUCCACCUUCUCCUCCUCUGGCUGUACAGGAGAACCAGCCCCUGCCCACCACAGGGGUGUCCCUCCAGGCCACUCAGGACAUUUUUAGCUUGUCUCCCAUGUUCCCUUUUCCUCUGACCUUCCCCUCUGUCGUCAGCCCUCCUCAUCCUCCAAGGACACCCAUGAGCGUGGGGUUCUGUGGCUCCCCUAUGGGGAUAGUUCCGUUCUUGAAGUGUCAGUGUUGGGGAAUAUCUGUGGCCUGCAAGGCCCAUCUCAGGUUUGGGGAUCCCCCAGUCCCUAUGAUCAGUGUUGGGGUAUGCCCUGGGAGCCUAGUUUCUUUGAGGCCCCAGCCCCUCUUUUAACUACCCUUGAAUGGGUGUUCCUUGUAUUUAUGGAAAUAAAGUUCAAUUUCCUCA